AUGCAUGACGAGAACGGUCCGCGGGCCCGAGCCGACGGUGCGCCAUCGAGUCCCCGCGCUCGCACCACGACGCACAGUCGCAAGGCCCGUACGAUGGGUGAGAAACAAGAUUGGCUAGCGCGGAUAGAGGCGGAGAAGCUCUCCGUCCGCCACACGGCUCGUCUGGCGGGGGUGCAACUGGUCAGUGUGCGCCGGUGGAUACGGGCGGCGGAUCGGAUCAAGAACGCAGAGCGCUCCAGGCGGCGCCUCAGCGGUGGCGGGCGGAAGGCAAAGUACCCCGAUAUGGAGGCGCACGCCUACAAGCGCAUGCUGAACUUCCGCGGCCGUGGCUUGGCCGUGCCGAUCCGACUCAUCAAACACUGGAGCAGGGUCUACAUGAAGGCCUACUACCCGGACGUGAGGUGGAUGGCGUCCAACAGGUGGACGUACCGUUUCCGCGGGCGCCUCGGACUCUCCAUCCGCGUGAAGACGAAGAUUGGCCAGCGUCUAGCAAAAGAUGACGAGGAGGCGGCAAAGGUGGUUGAUGCCGAGGAUGCUGGGGACCUCCCUGAGGAGGAGGAGGAGGAGGAGGAGGAGGAGGAGGAGGAGGAGGAGGAGGAGGAGGAGGAGGAAGAGGAGGAAGAGGAGGAGGAGGAGGAGGAGGAGGAGGAGGAGGCGGAGGAGGAGGAGGAGGAGGAGGAUGGUGGGCUGGAGGAGAACGCGGACGAGUAG